AUGUUUUUUAUACUUUUGCUAUUUAAUGUCCUGUUUUUUUAUUUUAGAUGCAGCAAAAUUGGAUGGAAUUUCGGAGAAGAUACAGAAGUUGCAAAGCGAUGUGACAAGCGUAAAGCGAUCAAUUGCGAGUUUAGCGGAAAACCAGCAAGAGCUAUUAUCCUUGAUAAAGAAAUUGAGAAAAAAUGUGGAGGCAGAUACCUUUGACAUGGGCAAAUGUUGUCACACGGAGAACCUUAUUCAAUUGCUUGGUAAAUUUUACACCACAAAAGGAAGAUUUUCCUUGGACACUCCCGAGAAAGAGAGAGCUUUAAAGUUGGAGUUUACCAAUUCGCCAACUGGCCUGUCCCUUCAGGAACUUGGACUUCGAUACAAAAAAUUUGAGAGUGCCAAGUUAUCCUAUUGGAGGAGCGAAGAAAGAAGAAGGCUUCUAGGAAUUGCCGGUUAUGACAUGCUCAUCAAUGCACCAACCGAACAAGUUACUGCAAAAAUAUUGCAACUUAUUGGCCAAAAGCACAGCAAUGGCUGUCAUCGUGCAUUGUUGGAAGAUGAAAUUAUCAUCACGCGAAAGUUUAUAAGAGAAACUGGCCUUGAAGGCGCAAGAAAAGCGAAAGAUUUCUGGGGGGCAUAUUACCAGUGGAAAACAUCCAAUUGGCCUACUGGACUAAGCCAGGAGGACAAGUUUAAGUUACGAAAGGAGGAUAUGGCUUCAUAUCAAAAUUAAUUAAGAACUUGUUACAUAUUAACUUUCAUAUUAAUUACUUUUCAAAAACCAUUUAUAACUGUUUUGAUGGUGUUUUGAUUGUUUCCAAAAAAUUGAAUUAUGAAAUAAAUCCACAGUGUAUAAACAUUUGUAAUUAGUGACACUUUUCAAGUAACACUGUGCAAGGAAUGAAAAGGAAGCACUUGAAGCACUUUUUUAAGUUUAUCAAGCCACCUAAAUAGCAUAAAUUGUUGGUGUAACAAGGCUAAUUUAUCU